UUUGAUGAUGUGCAUGUGAACUUCACUGAGGAAGAGUGGAAUUUGCUAGAUCCUGCCCAGAAGAAUCUCUACAAAGAUGUGAUGUUGGAAACCUACCUGAACCUCAAAGCUAUAGGCUAUAAUUGUGAAGACAAUCAUCUUGAAGAACAUUUUCAAAGUAGUAGAAGGCAAGAAAGGCAUGUAAGAAGUCAGAGUGGAGAGAAACACUAUGAGUGUAAUCAAUGUGGUAAAGCCUUUGCAAGACCUUGUAAACUCAAAUAUCCUAAAAUGAUACAUACUGGAGAGAAACCUUACGAAUGUAAUCAAUGUGGUAAAGCCUUUGUAGCACCCAGUCAUCUCCAAAUUCAUAAAAGAACACAUACUGGAGAGAAACCUUAUAAAUGUAAUCAAUGUGGUAAAACAUUUGCACAGUGCAGUACUCUACAAUAUCAUAAAAGAACACAUACUGGAGAGAAACCUUAUGAAUGUAAUCAAUGUGGUAAAGCCUUUGCACAGCUUAGUACUUUGCAAUAUCAUAAAAGAACACAUACUGGAGAGAAACCUUAUGAAUGUAAUCAAUGUGGUAAAGCCUUUGCAAGGCUCAAUCAUCUCCAAUAUCAUAAAUCAACACAUACUGGAGAGAAACCAUAUGAGUGUAAUCAAUGUGGUAAAGGCUUUGCACAGCGCAGUCAUCUCCAAAGACAUAAAAGAAUACAUACUGGAGAGAAACCUUAUGAAUGUAACCAAUGUGGUAAAGCCUUUUCACGUCACAUUAGAAACACGUAUUUUAUUUUGAGGAAUAAAUCACGGAUAACAGAAAUUAUGGCUAAGAACAGUCUCUAUGUUUCGGGGAGUAAAACAAGUGAUGAAAACUUGCCAAGUAUUUUUAAACUGAGUAAUCUUCAAUGUCAUAAAAGAACACAUAGUGGAGAGAAACCUUAUAAAUGUAGUCAAUGUGGUAAAGCCUUUGCAAGACUGAGUUAUCUCCAAUCUCAUAAAAUAAUACAUACUGGAGAGAAACCUUAUGAAUGCGAUGAAUGUGGUAAAGCUUUUGGAAGACCCAGUCAUCUCCAAAGACAUAAAAUGACGCAUAAUGGUGAGAAACCUUUUGAAUGUAAUCAAUGUGCUAAAACCUUUGCAACACUGAAUAAUCUCCAAUGUCAUAAAAGAGUACAUACUGGAGAGAAACCUUAUAAAUGUAGUCAAUGUGAUAAAGCCUUUGCACAGCACAGUACUUUCCAAUAUCAUAAAAGAACACAUACUGGAGAGAAACCUUAUGAAUGCAAUCAAUGUGGUAAAGCAUUUUCAUAUCACAGUGAUCUCAAAAGACAUAAAAGAACACAUACUGGAGAGAAACAUUAUGAAUGUAAUCAACGUGGUAAAGCAUUUUCAUAUCACGGUGAUCUCAAAAGACAUCAAAGAACACAUACUGGAGAGAAACCUUAUGAAUGUAAUCAAUGUGGUAAAGCAUUUUCAUAUCACAGUGAUCUCAAAAGACAUAAAAGAACACAUACUGGAGAGAAACCUUAUGAAUGUAAUCAAUGUGGUAAAGCAUUUUCAUAUGACAGUGAU